AUGUUCCGCGGCCAUCGUGCCUGGUUCUCACAGAGCGUCAGCCCGGGCCCGCGGGAGCUGUGGGCAGCUGGUGGUGGGGUCCUUGCCAACCGUCAGGAGGCCGAAUACCUCUUCAGCAGCGACGCUACCCACCCAGACACCCGCAGAAUACACGAGAGCCUAGAUUACUUGGAGGGCAGAGCUACAGUCUUUCACUCCCGUUACCUCUCAGCGUGGGCCAGCACUGACACCAGAGCGAAGCCAACCACAGCUCUGGGCCACUUUGUCUUGCCACCUGCCUGCCUGCAAGAAGAAAUCAGAAGGAAAAUCGGUCAUUUCAUCUGGGAGCAGGCGGAUGAUUCCCUUGCAGAAAAGUCCAACGAAAAUCUGCUGGAUGAACUGGAGACAGCAAGGAAAAGUUUUGAAGAACUGGGGGAGGAUGUGCUAGACCUGGCUGAAAGUGAAGAAGAAACUGGCUCCAGAGCUCCCACCCAGGGGGAAUUUCCAUACCGUGCCCUCCAGGAAUACCCGAUGAAUAACAUGGUGACAGGUUACACCUCCGCUCGCGACAUGAAGAAAUACAUCGGAGAGCUCUGCGAUUUCACUCCCGGCACCUCAGGCUAUGCGGCGUAUUGGGUCCAGAACGAAAUUCACAUUUACUCUGAUGUGAAGACGUCAGAAAAGAUAAAGAGAAAAUUUUAA